AUGGGCGGCGCAUCUCGCAACUUGCGACGCGGGUCCUCGAGCACCUUCAAAUUCAUCGCAUUGGGAGCCUUGGUGUGCUUCGCCAUCUUUCAAUUCCCAUGGCGCCCGACAUACAAGCACCAUCAUCAAUGCGAUGCGUCUUUCGACGGCAAGUACAAGUAUCCUGGCGAAAAGAUCACAUGGGAGAUCUGUGGUGAGCUUAUUGGUCGCAAGCUCGAAUGCAGCGAGAUCGAUGUGCCUAUGGACCAAUUCAAUGCAGAGAACUCUGGUAACAAAACAUUCAGCAUUCCACUCAUUCGCCUCCGGGGAAAGAAUGCCACACAGAAUGUUUUGCUCAACCCAGGUGGCCCUGGCGGCUCCGGCAUUGAAUUCCUAUAUCGUAAGGGUGAACAGCUCAAUGCUUACAUUGGAGAGGGUUUUCAUUUGCUCUCAUUUGAUCCUCGCGGAGUAAAUGGUUCCAGACCUCGAGCGAGUUGCUACCCGAGUCAGGAGGCGAGGCGCGAGCUUUCGCCUGUCAGGAGUGAAAAGGUCAUCGAGGACAGUGCGGAGACGUAUGCGUGGUCAAAGAACUUCGUCGCAGCUUGUCCAGACACAAUGGGAGAGCACGGCAGCUACAUCAACACACCGCAAACGGCUGCCGACAUGAACAGCAUUCUUGAGGCAGUCGGGCAGAAGGAUAUGGUCUACUGGGGAUUCAGUUAUGGAACGGUUCUUGGCCAAACAUACGCCACGCUUUUCCCCGAACGAUCGGAGCGCGUCAUUAUCGAUGGUGUGGUCAAUAACUUCGAGUGGUAUGAAGACCGUUUUUAUACAGAAUCGCUAUCGGAUACUGAAAGAGUUAUGUCGGGAUUCUUCGAUGAAUGUAUCAAGUCAGGCAAGAAUUGUACCCUGUCAUCUCUUGCGAAGACCAAAGAGGAAUUGCAAGACAAGGUGUUGAGCUUCAUUGAUAAACUGGAGGAACCUUUGAGCGUCUAUGUGAACAACACUUCCUGGGGUCAAUUGACGCGCGAGAAAAUCUUGAACACCGCCAUUUUCCCCGCUCUCUACAAACCAGCCAACUGGUACGUUCUAGCUGAUCGACUCGCAAAGUUGCUUCAAGGCAAUGCGACGGAAGCCUUCCUCGCAUACGGCGGUAAAGGACCAUUUGAUGGAAUCUUUCAAGAUGACAGUAACGUCCACGUCGAGAACAACGACGGCAUGACUGGAUCACAAUACUGGCCCCAGGGCCGCGAGGAGUUACUGGACCUCAUUUUGCCCUUCAUGAACACGAGCCUUUUUGCACAAUUCACGAAUAGCGGCCUCUACACAAAACAACAAUGGGCUGUUCACAAGACGCACCAAUUUGUGCAAAAGUUAGGUGUCAAGACCGCGCACCCUCUUCUGAUUCUUUCGACAACGUACGACCCUGUUUGUCCGCUCAUCUCUGCUCGAUCCGCCAAUGCGGCAUUCGAAGGGUCGCAAAUGAUUGAGUUGCGAGGGUAUGGCCACUGCACUCUCGCUAUGCCGUCCAACUGCAUUGCCAAGCACGUCCGGGCUUUCCUAUACAACGGAACCCUCCCAGCCAACUACACGCAAUGCGAUGUGGAUGGUCCGUAUUUUUUCAAGCCGGAAGAGAACGGCACGCCUGUCGCAGCGCUACGGCAUUUCGAGCAAACUGAAGAUCAACGUAUUCAUCGUGCUCAGGUCGAAAUCGCAAUGGAUGAAAGUUGGCCAUACGUAUGGUAA